GACUGAAGCUGAGGAGGCCGGCACGCCAGGCAGCUUCCCCUCCCCGGGCCCCCGACUCCUGCCUGCGAGUCCCCUCGCCGCGUAGGCCUUUCAUAUCUAAUCUCGCGGGGCGAGGUGAGAGCAGGCCCGGGGAGGGUGGUCACCGCUGAGGAGCUGCAGUCGCUGUCACGAUGAUAGAGGUACUGACAACUGACUCUCAGAAACUGCUACACCAGCUGAAUACCCUGUUGGAACAGGAGUCUAGAUGUCAGCCAAAGGUCUUCGGCUUGAGACUAAUUGAGUCUGCACACGACAAUGGCCUCAGGAUGACUGCAAGACUACGGGACUUUGAAGUAAAGGAUCUUCUUAGUCUAACUCAGUUCUUUGGCUUUGACACGGAGACAUUUUCUCUAGCUGUGAAUUUACUGGACAGAUUCCUGUCUAAGAUGAAGGUACAGCCCAAGCAUCUUGGGUGUGUUGGACUGAGCUGCUUUUAUUUGGCUGUAAAAUCAAUAGAAGAGGAAAGGAAUGUCCCAUUGGCAACUGACUUGAUCCGAAUAAGUCAGUACAGGUUCACGGUUUCAGACUUGAUGAGAAUGGAGAAGAUUGUCUUGGAGAAGGUGUGUUGGAAAGUCAAAGCUACUACUGCCUUUCAAUUUCUGCAACUCUAUUAUUCACUCAUUCAGGAGAACUUGCCGUUUGAAAGGAGAAAUAGCCUGAAUUUUGAAAGACUAGAAGCUCAACUUAAAGCAUGUCACUGCAGGAUCAUAUUUUCUAAAGCAAAGCCUUCUGUGUUGGCAUUAUCUAUCAUUGCUUUGGAGGUCCAAGCGCAGAAGUGUAUAGAAUUAACAGAAGGAGUAGAAUGUCUUCAGAAACAUUCCAAGAUAAAUAGCAGAGAUUUGACCUUCUGGCAAGAGCUUGUAUGCAAGUGUUUGACUGAAUAUUCAUCAAACAAGUGCUCUAAACCAAACGUCCAGAAGCUGAAGUGGAUCGUUUCUGGGCGGACGGCACGGCAGUUGAAGCACAGUUACUACAGAAUAACUCACCUUCCAACAAUCCCCGAAACGGUUUCUUAAUCGACGCGUUUCAUGUUUGUCCUGUGUAGAGAAAACUUUCCGGUGAUGUAAUUGUCCUCCAUAACUGAAGAAUUGAAAUACUAUCUUUAAAGUAAACAAAAUGGAGUUUGUCUAGCAAAGGGGAAAACAACUUCACUGAUCCCGUCAGCUGAUAUUUGAAAUCAUUUACUGUAUCUGAGGCCCAGUGCCGAGAGAAAGGAGUUACCUAACCUCUGCUGUGUGUGUUAACCUCUUCAUUAACUUAGCCUAGAAAACAGCAUCCUCCUCAAAGUAGCCUGAGUUUUUACAGUGUUUUCUUAAAUGCAUAUCGUCUUGCUGUAUGUAGACACACGCUUCAGUUCAUUUAAAGUUACACAAGCUGAAGUACAACAGGACUAAAGUCUGAACCAUAUAUGAACUCAUUUGAGUCUGCUAACAUAAGCAAAAUCAUUAUGAACUUGGUACUGUACUUAAAGAAAAAGUAGUAUGAGGCAAAGGAUCUCCACACGUUUCUGGAAAGUGCCGAGGCGUCCCACACUGUAACACAACACUGCUGUAGCAGUUGGGCUCCUAGAAAGCAGUUACAUGCAUAAAACAUGUCAGCUUGGUCAUUGCACACGUUACACAUUCUUGCCAUCUAAAUUUGUUAACACAGUAGUGCUUUAUCUUUUUUGUGCUCAAAACUCUUAACAUUUAACACACUUACAUGUGACAUGAAUCUUAAAUAUUAACCAUUCACUCUUAGCAGUUAGUGGUAUUUAGGUAGUUGGUUUGUUGUUGUUUACUUAAUAUGAUUGCAGCAACAACAAAAAACUCUGAGAAGAGAGCUAUGGAUUUCAUUAAUGUUACAAUGGAUAUAAGUUUUAAAACCUUAAAACAUCACAAAUAAACUUGGGAAACCUACCUAAUUAACACUAUGCUUAGUGGAAGUAUGUUUAGAUUUGAAUUCAUCUGUGAAACAUUCAAAUCAAAGCUAAAAGCAUAAAUGUGAACUACUAGAAACGAACCUGAGAAGGUAAACUGUGAAUCUUCAUUUUCUAGCAUUGAUCUAACUCUAUAUUGGAUCAAUGUACUGUAUUUAGGUUGUAGUGAAAGUGGUAAACAACAUAAUUUAAAUGUAGAAUUUUAAAUUAUGAGGUUUACAUCAAAACCAACAUUUCCCAAGGCACUUUUAAGGCAUAGUAAAGGUUAAUAUUCUAGGCAGCAAAUGGCUUCCUAGCACCCAUAAAGCAAGUUGAUAUUUCAGAGAUGAGGAUUUCACUGCUACACAGAAAUUACAGUUAAAUUUGCAGGUGUUUUAUAUAUACAUAAAUAUAAACCUCACAAGUUUGGCAUAUUCAUUAAAUUAUCUUUAAUAUUUCUUCUACAAAACAGGUGAUGUUUGGAUCCAUGAUAAAAUUUUUACAUAAGAUCUACUGCCUCUGGUCCCAUGAGAGAAUUACUAUCUAUUGUAUUGUAACAAAAUAAAUUACCACUCUAAAAACUUGUUUUCCCCCACUAACAGUAAGUUCAAGCGAGAUAAAACACUCCAGAAGUUUUUAUUACAGACUGUUUUAAUAAAGUUACCAUUGCUUCUAAUACAGAAUUUUGUUUUAAAAGGAAGAGAAUACACUUUCACAAAUGCCCCUUUUGUGUGUCAAAAAAAACAUAGGUAUCUUCAUAAUUAUGAGAUUGCUGAAGACGUGUUCAGCAUUUUCUGUCUCAGCCAGUGAGUGUAAGGAAAUGGACAGUGUUAGUGUGUGACAGUUAUUCAGCGUUAUGUGCAGCUGGAGUCCAUCCAGAGUGACUGUGACCAAUUCUGACAUGUUACAGAUAAAUGAACUCUGAAAAAUAAACCAAAGACCCACAGCACAUUUUAUCCUUAACUUUUGUAAACCAUGUUUUAUGGAUACCUUUAAGUUUCUCCAAAAGGCUGAUAUAUUUCAAUAUCUUGAAAACAACAGUAUUAAUUUUAAGUUGGCACGAGUAACCCAUCAACUCCCAUUAUGUUUGGUACUAAGGAAGAUACCUUUCAACAAAAUAAUUGAAAUGCAACUCUUUCCUGGGUGGUUUCUUUCUUUUCUGAUUUAUUUUACCAAUUUGAUAAAAUAAAAUGAUAAAAAGCUACCUUUACCUUGUGUAUUUGAAUUUUGCACUAAAGUAAGAUACAUGGAAGCAGAAACAGUAAAAUCUCUUAACAGUUUAGCUGUCAAAGUGACUACUUUGUUUUCUUUCAGUAGAUACAAGGUAAAAAAGUAUUUGAUGUACAUUUUUUUAAAAAACUUUGGAGGCUGGAGGUGUGACUCAGGUGGUAGAGUACAUGCCUUGUAAGCAGGAGGCUCUGAGUUCAAAG